AUGCCAGAAGAACCGCACCAAGCGGCAGAUCAAUCUCGGAGAGAUGGGCUCACUCAUAACAUGCUGAAUGACAUUCACAACCACUGGAAGCAUGGCGAGGGGGUCAGGGUGAAAUGCCUUGGUGUGCCGACGGUUGAUAUGCAAAAUGUGUGCCGUGAGCUCGAGGAUAAAACUGGUGGCCUUAUCAUCCACAGGCAUGGUGGCCAGUUAAUACUAUACAGAGGGAGGCAUUAUCAUCCAAAGAAAAGACCUGUUAUUCCGUUGAUGUUAUGGAAGCCAGCUGAACCGAUCUACCCAAGGCUAAUUAAAACAACAAUAGAAGGGCUGACAGUUCAGGAGACAAAGGAAAUGAGGAAGAAGGGCCUACAUGCUCCUGUCUUGACAAAGCUUGCAAAGAACGGGUAUUAUGCUAGUCUCGUGUCGAUGGUUCGAGAUGGUUUUCUGGCCGAUGAAUUGGUUCGUAUAGAUUGUAAAGGAUUGCCAAAGAGUGAUUAUCGGAAGAUUGGAGUCAAGCUCAGGGACCUUGUUCCUUGUAUUCUUGUGUCUUUUGACAAGGAGCAAAUUAUUGUUUGGAGGGGGAAAGACCAUGAUGAAAGCAUACAGGAUAAUAUGCACAAGGCAUUCCCUUCAGUUCUUCAAUUAGAGAGUGCAGCAGGAGAGAAUGAACAGGAAGAAGCAUCAAGUGAGAGUGUAGCAGGAGAGAAUGAACAUGGUGAAAAAGAAGAAACAUCAGUUGACUGUUCUUCUGAUGAGUGGUCUGAGAUCAGUAGCUCUGACGAUGUGCCAGAUGAUAAGUAG